UAAAUCAAAAAAUAAAUUUUUUUCCUAUUAAAAUGUCAUUUAUUCUGUUAAUUGUUCAAAGCAUUUUAUUGCUAAAAAUAGCAGAAGGUGCACAGAAGUGUUAUUUUGGUGAUUUUGUGGACGGAAAAGUUAAGGAAUGUAAAGAAAGUAGCUGGAAAUGUGCUACUUUGAUUUGCCCGGGGACGGUAUUUCGUGGCUGUUUAUCACCAAACGGAGUUUGCGGCGACCUCAUAAAUUUAUUCACAAGUUGUAAAGAAUCAUCUCCUCAAUGCUUUCUUUGUGAAGGGGAUCUUUGCAAUGACAACUCCACAAACACUUCGAAUAAAAAAUUUGAAGCAACAAGUGUGCUAAGCGGGGCUAAUGACACAAACAUAACAGAAGAAAGUAGUACACCUUUUAUUGCAAAAGAUGUUCCAAUAGAGAGUAGCACAAACAGUACAGCAACAAAUUCUAGCAGUCCAAUAGAAAGUAUUACGAAUCAAAAUGCGACAGCAGAAAUGCUGAAAUCAAAUGCUGGAAAUAAUACUGUGAAUGGCAGUAACAAGAACAGCAAUAGUCAAUACUAUAUUCAAUCUUUUUUGAUUGCUUUAUUUUUUGUUGUGGCCACCAUUAUUUAA